AUGUGGUGCUGGGCAAGUUUCAUGGGCCACACGAAGUUAGACUCCGUGAACGCCAAGGACACCGUGUGGUGGAGGGAGCAAUGGAAGGCUGCAACCAACGCCCCCAGGCAUGCCGCAGACCCGUCCCAGUGCAGAAAAUACUGGCAGCAGCAUGCAAAACCUGGACAAGAUGCUCAGAGGUUCUUAUCUAGGAAUCUUACAGAUGGUGAGAAUGAAGAGAAGGAGGAGGAAGAAGAGGAUGAAGACGAAGAAGAAGAGGCGGAGGAGGAAGACGACGACGAGGAAGAGGGAGAGACUCCUGCAUGGGUUCAACGAACAGUUGACAUUCUCUGGAAGCAUGGAGGGGGCAACAUGAAGUGGACGACGCUCCAGCAGAAAGCUGGGCUUAGUGGGGUCUCACAGCACGCUGCGCUCUCCCGGCCAGAGUUCGAGUGCUGUGGGCGAGGAAACCACUCAGUCAGACUGGUAUCUUCCAUCAGGUUGCAGCGUUAUAAGUGA